CUUCACAGGAUGGAACUGGCUUUCUACAGAAGUAUUAUUCAGAUGGCAUGAAAUUUCUGACCAUGUUCCCUGAUGGAUCUGCUCAGGUUUUUUAUCCGUCAGGUCUUUUGGCUGUCAUCGUUGUGGUCACUGAAGAAAACGGAAGGGUUUGCAUCGUUUAUGACGAAACCCCUGAUCGACCAAUCAGAGCUGUGUUCCAGUCUGAUGGCAGAGGAACUUGUUAUCACAGUAAUGGAAGCAUAUGGCUGACCAUAGACAGAUCAGGAGGCCAGUGUCUGGAUCAGGAUGGCGCCAGAGUUCGCAGGUGGACAUGGUGUGAUCUGAGCUCCACUCCCACCUCCCUCAGACCCAUAUUCUUAUCCAUCAACAGAACUAUUGGGCUCAGAGUCCUGAGGAAGAACCAAGUGUUAGUUUCUUUCCUGGCAAAAGGACAACAGGCUAAAUUCAGUGUGGGUGCUUCAUGUGAUCAGGAGGAAUGUAAAAGCGAUGGCUGUGCUGCAGGACCAUCAGUGUUGAAGGAGGAGCUGAUGGCUUUGGCAGCUCAAAUGAAGAUGCGCCUUCUCCUUCAACACCUUCACCAGUACCUGACGACUCCAUCCCACCCCAAGCUGCCGAACCUAACACCACCUCCUCACCCUCAUGUCGUCACCCAAAGGCUAUUGGAAGAAAGUAAGGGUGCAAAAAUGAGCGAGAGGGAAAAAGAGUUUAUCCACGGGUGUCUCCAGUUUUGUCAUGACAUAACCUGAAUGAUCACAGAGAAGUGAGGAAGACGCCUUCCUGUUCAAUCAAUAAUCUGAUUAUCAGACGAUUUUUUUUUUAUUCAUGGAUUGUAUUUGCCCCUGGAGUAGAAUGGAAAUAAACAUACCUCUCCUCUAUUUAACAAAGUGAAAAAUAGUUAGUUUUUCUCCAGUGCUCUUGUUGUAAACCUGGGACUAUAUAUAAAAGAGUGAUACAUUUCCAUUGAGCUUUUCCCAUU